AUGGCUACUUUCUGCGCCGUCUAUCGCGAUCGCCGCUAUCCGCUGCGAUGUCCCGUGAGCCGCGCCCGCGAGCUCGAAUUUCUGCUCACCUCGUUGCAUCAGCGGGACAGCGUGGUGCGGGGACAGUUGCUCUAUGGCCAGUUUGCUGCCAUCAUGGAUGCGCUCGGCUAUGUCGUCUCCACUAGCACACCGCCACCGGAAACCACUCUGAUCCAGAUUCGACGUCUUUACCGCGGUCACAGCUUUUCUCUCCAAGUGCCACUGCCAGCAUUCUUCCACUGCACACUGGCGAUUGAGGAAUUGCUCGCGGAACCCGCAGUUCGGGGCCAGCAGGUGGCCGUUGCUGACCUUCGCUCGCGUUUUCAGCGUCUCAUUGUCCCAUGCUCGGCCUACUUACCUGCAUUCUUUGCAUGGAACCGGUUUUGGAACAUCCCUUCAAACAUUGCCCGGCCGUAUGACGAAUUCACCCGUCUGGCACAAACGCUGUGUGGUGCAGAAUCCGUUUGCGGCCCACGUGCCUCCCGCCGAAGCUUCGAACGAAUAUGGCACACCUGUUUGCAGCUGUGUGAUCCCACACCUUCGCAACUACAACUCUCUUGUCGGCUUCAUGGUCGCGAUUGGCGCAUGGUUGUUGAUCGCGCGAAUGCACUAGCUGCUCGCCUAUAG